AUGGCCUUGCGUAAGAAGAAAUCCAAGAAGGAAAAGAGUUCCUCCAAGCAAGGAGGCGGCAAGUUUUCCAAGCUUACUUCCUUGAUCAUGGGAGGAGGCUCUUCCGAGAGAAGAAAACGAAGAAUUGGUUUUUCUAAAGUGUUAUUGGGAGGAGAUGAAAAGAAGAGUUCGUUUUUGGCAAGGCAAAUUCAAUAUUGGCUCCGAUCUCCUGAUGUAUUGAAUUUGAAUACAACCAUGACCACAACGAAAACUCUCUAUUCUUCACCCACUUCUUCUACAACGGUUACUAUAAGUUUCACUCCAGAAACUUCCGUGGAUCAAGAUGAUUCGGCUUUAACAUCGACUACUGAACCAACAACACGACUUUCUACACAAGAAAUUUCAAAACUUCAAUCUGUACAUGUCUUUUCAGCAAAUACCAAAUUAGUGGCGAGUGCAUUGUCUGUUUGGUAUGAAAUAGUUACAUAUUUAUUGACUCACCAUAAGAGAAGAAUUAUUUUGCAAGAGGAUUAUUAUCCUGAAGGAGGAUUGUUGGAUUAUUUGGCUCGUGUGAAACGAGAAGAAGGAUGGCUUGCAUUGUUGGGAUUUAAAAACGCAGAAAAAGAUUUUACAGCAUCAUUGUUGACCAUUGGUGCAGGAAUGGCGUUUGAAAAAGGUAUUCGAGCUCAAAUUAUUGAUCCUCUUUUGGAUUCUGAGAAUACAUCCAUUCCAAAUGUUGUGAAGCAAUUGAUUGCUAUUUUGGAACUACCUUUGUCUAUUGCAAUGACCUAUCCUUUUGAUCAUUCACAACUUGUCAUUGUUAAAAAAAAGAUUGAAAAUGGUACCAUUGGUACAAAAGAGAGUGACAAAUCCCUUCGAUGUAUUCCAACUCUAAAACAAUUGUACAAGGAUCGUGGCCUUGUUCACGGAGUUUAUUAUGGAUUUGGAUGGCAUGUAUUGGAAACUGUCAUUUCCAAUCUAGUCAGAAGUGGCCUCAAAUAUGUCACAAAUUUGCUCUUGGAGAAGAUUGUAGGAACACAGAAUUUGGAAAUGGCCAAGUCAUACCUUCCUGGUGACCAAUUAUUCACAUUGGAAACGACACAAAACAUUGGUGUGGAAAUUGCCCACGAAGCAAUCACAGCACCACUCCACUACACCAUGACAACAUACAGAGCUGACAUGGGCAAGACCUUCUCCAAUCCAGUGGAAUGCUUUAGAAAAAUUCAAACUGAGAGGGGAUUUACCACAUUUUAUAAGGGAGUUUGGCUCGGAACAUUGUUCCCUUCAUUUGGAAAAAGAAAGUAA